UGUACCAAAAAACAGUGUUCAGAAAAAGUUGAAAACCAAGCGAUUUUUAGUUCUUUCCACUUCAUUUUGAGAACAGGAAGACAAAAUUUGGUUAAAAUGGUUUUGAUGACAAUGAUAGGCCGUGUGAUAGACGGCUUACCUCUCGCAGCUUCGAUGCAGAGCGACCAGGAUGUAAGUGUAAACGUUGAUGUUCAAGUACACAUUCAGCUGAUUCCGGCAAAUAGCAUAUGCCUGUGUUUAAUUUUGCUUGCUAAACGGGACAAGUACGAUGUCACAGAUGAUCAGCUGCUCAAUUUAUUUUAGUUUAUUUAAACCUAUUUCAUACAGAUGCGAAAGUGUCAGAUUAUUUGGGUAAGGGCACUUGACUUAUCGUGGGUUUUAGACUUUCUGAUAAUUGUACUUAUCACGGAAGCAUAAUGUACAAAUGAAUUUUAAGUCCCACCUAACUGGUCUCGGAUGAUUUGGUGUCCUUGCUUGAACCCUUGAUAAGUGUCUUCAAUAGUGUAUACCCUGAGGCUGGAAUCCUAAUCAAAAGCCCUGUAAACCUCCAGGGAAAAGGAUUCACACCACCUUAUUUUAAUGCAACUGACAGAGCUGAUGCUGAAAUAUAUGGUUUUUUAUACAUUCAUUGCAUUGUGCUUUUGGCUGUGACUGUGACAGAUCUUAAGAGGAUCUGGUCACUUAUUACUACAAGUGGCAAAGUGACAUGUCAGUGAAACAGAGCAAGGAUUAUUGAAAUGGCUCAGUGACUUCCCAGUUGUACUGAUAAGUUUCUGUGGGCCAUCCCAUCUAAUAAACACAUCCCCCCCCCCCUUUGAUGGGGUAUUAGGCUGACUUAGCAACAGGACGGGAAUGUUAGUUGACGACGGCGUGCGCAAAUCAAACAACUGGCUUGACCAAUGGCAGAGCAACAAAUUGGGCACCAGAAGUCGAGUUUAGUCGUUUUCCCGUGCUUUCCCGUCUUCAAAUGACGUUCCCGUUCUGUUGCUAAAUCAGCCUAAUAUUGGCCACACCCCUUCAAAAACUUUUUCCUGGGGUAACCAACCCCCUUGAUCUAAACCACUUAGAAAAUGUGGCAAUGUUGUUUGUCCACAUUUUGAGAAGAGGUUUUACAGCACUCCUCAUCAGAAUAUUCACCAUCCCUUUAUGAAUGACAUAACACUCCCCUUAUCCUUUCAGAAAUUGACAUGUUCGAUAAUAAUUCCUUCCUAAUAUUGACUCCCUCAGAAAAUCUCUUGGGCAAAUGACAUUCCAGGGUACAGAACUGCCUCAGGCCAAAGGACCUUUCAUUAUCAGGCCGUGCAAUUUCACUGUGGAAUGCCUUACCCAAAAGGCUCACUAAGUUAACAAACAUUGUGACAUUCAAUAAGGAACUCAUGCAUUAUUUAUUACCAUCUCAGUAAGCAGUUUUUUUUAAGACAGGGCUGCUUAUAUUACUUUUGUCUUUGUAAUGGAGAGAAUUAGAGGCUAUGUUACUGAUAUCUUGUUAAAAUCGCAUGAAUAUAUUAUAGUUUUUUUGAUGUUUUAUAUUUUUAUGUGUAUUUUUUUAUCCAUGAUAUUGAUGUAAUUACCUUGAAAAGCCUUAUGUGGCUAUUAUUAUUAUUGGCAACCCCUUCAGAAAAUCUCACCGUUAAAGGGCAUGUGGAUAUAAAUAAUAAUGGAAUGGCCCUUUGCAGCCAACCACUGAAAUGUAUACUAUACUGCCUUGAUCUAUCAAUGCUUUAAGAAAAUUGAUCCAACCUUCAACCUUCCCUCACUCUUUGAAUGGUGAGGGUUCCAUUUUUUCCUCUGUAGUUUCCCAACUUUUUUGCUCGCCUGAUAAAAAAGAAACCCUGACUGCAUGUCAAUUUUUUUAUAAUAAAAACAGCAAGGCAAGGAAAAAGGUCUUUUGAACAGAGUGUACUUCUUUUUAAAUCAUGAUCUCAUUUUGUGUUUCUCUAGACUAGUCGCAGCUUGCAAGACUAUCAGGCCCAAGCCAAGUUAUUGUUCAGAAAACUCUCAGACAAUUCACCAGCAAGAAGCAGCAUUGAAACAGGACCAAUGAUGUUUCAGUGAGUAGUUAAUCCAUAGGCUACAGGUUAAAUUUUUAUUUAAUAAACUUCAAUGACAAGCUUACAUGUAUAUAACCCUACUGUACAAAAAAACAAAACAAAAAACAAAAAAAACAAAAACAAAACAUGUGGUGUGGAGGGCAUAAUUAUUUUUUAAACCAUAAUUACUGUUCAUAUUAUAUGGCUAAAUAGUCAUCACUACCAGUCAAUACACUGCAGUAGUUUAGAUUCUCUGUGAUGUGGGACUGGUGCUAUGGAAGUUGUCUGCCCUGCCAAUCACAUAACAGUGUAUCCCUCUACCCUGAUGGUACAUUAUAUCUCAUGGUUAUGCUUUUGUGAAGUAUAUGAAAUAAUUCAUUUUUGAACUGUGAUUGAGAUGAAAGUGAAGAAUGAUCAUCGCAGUAAAUUUUCCAAUUUAAGCAAUUGGAAAGAAGAAGUCUGAAAAAAAAAAAAUCAGGGCUUCAACGGGAUUCGAACCCGUGACCUCCGCGUUGCCGGUGCUUUGCUCUACCAACUGAGCUAUGAAGCCACACAUUGGGAGCGAGGUCAAUUUAUUGAGUUCAUAUCUCGCGUGAGGAGUGGAAUGAUGUGAAGUAUAUGAAAUAAUUCAUUUUUGAACUGCGGUUGUAGAUGAAAGUGAAGAAUGAUCAUCGCAGUAAAUUUUCCAAUUUAAGCAAUUGGAAAGAAGAAGCCUGAAAAAAAAUCAGGGCUUCAACGGGAUUCGAACCCGUGACCCCCGCGUUGCCGGUGCGUUGCUCUACCAACUGAGCUAUGAUGCCACACAUUGGGAGCGAGGUCAAUUUAUUGAGUUCAUAUCUCCCGUGAGGAGUGAAAUGAUGUGAAGUAUAUGAAAUAAUUCAUUUUUGAACUGCGGUUAUGCUUUUAUUGAUUUAACUCUUUCGUUCAGUAGUGAAUGACAGAGUCAUCUAUCUUUUGAGUCUGCUGACAAAAUCCUAUUGUAUAUGGCCACUGAAAUGAAACCUCUUUGACGUUGGGCUUGAUUUUAAAUUUUCCUCUUAUCAACAGUUACAUUAUUGAAAAUGGAGUAUGCUACUUGACCUUAACAGAAAAGACAUUCUCCAAGAGAGCAGCAUUUAGUUUCUUAGAAGAAUUAUCGUCAGAGUUUCAAAGAGAGUUUGGUUCAAGAGUUCCCACGGCAACUAGACCAUAUUCAUUUAUUGAGUUUGGUGAGUGACUUAAAAGGGGUAACAUGGUUCUUUUGAAACUUAAAGCUAAGCCCCCUAAGUAAAAUAAACAACAACAAAUGUUUUUAGUCCAGAAUUUGUAAAGAAAAGAAUGUGGGUGUUUUUUUUUUAUUUUUGUUAUUUCCAACUUUUUGUUAUUAUUGCCAUUUGAAUGCAACGUUUUUGUGCAAAAACUUGCAAGAGGUGACAGGCUGCACAUCCGGCGUGAAAGCUUUGAAAACCUUUUUCAUAUUGCUCCAUUGAGGAGAACUCUUUCAGGGAUCUUACAGUUUAAAAUUGGAACCAUGAUAUAGCUUAUAUAUAGCAGACCAAGAUAUAACUCGGUACAGUUUAUGUUCAGCAAGGGAAAAUUGUGUAAUUUGAGCAGAACCUUUAAAAUGUACCACAGACAAUUUAUUCAGUUCUUGUGUAUUCCUGUUGAAUUUGUAGCCUGUUUAUGAGAUUUGUCUACUAAAAAAUAUAAUAAUUUUUCUAUAGCUGCUGUUAUCUUAGGGUUUCUGCUUUUAAUAUCUCCAUAAAGUUUAGGUUUACGCGAUCUCAGAGAACAAUGUUCUGCUGUACACAGCACAUAGCCUUUAAAUAUAUCCAGAUCUGACACUGGUUUUGUGUAUUUAUCACGUCUUUAGUAGAAGCAUGAUUUAAAUACAAACUAUGAACAUCGGACACGGCCAAAGCGAUAAUAACGCCACUCAAGUGAUCAGAUUAAACAAUCAUGAUAUUAGUAUAACUGACUCUCUCAAAUUGUUGGGUGUCACAAUAGAUUCUAAGCUGAAUUUUUCAGAGCACAUUCACAUGAUCUGUAAAAUUGCCAGUCAGAAAAUUGGCAUCCUUAUGAGACUUAGAAACUUGAUUCCGACAAAUGCUAAACUUAUGCGUUUUAAAACAACAAUAUUGCUGCACGUUGCAUAUUGCCACCUUGUGUGGCACUUUUGCCGAGCCAGUGAUUCUCGUAAAAUCGAGCGGAUGCAAGAAAGGGGCCUGCGUGCUGUUUUUAGGAACAAUGUUAGCUACCCUGAACUUCUAACAAGAGCGGAACUGCCAAGUUUACGGAACAGGAGACUACAAGACAUUUGUGUUUUAAUGUAUAAAGCCAAGAACAAUCUAUGUCCCCCCUAUAUCAGUGACAUUUUUAUUAAGCAUAGAUCCAAGUAUAACUUAAGGCAGUCUGAUUUCUUCACUGCCAGGUACAACACGGUAACAUAUGGCAAGCACUCCCUCCGCCACUUGGGGCCCAAUCUCUGGGGAAAAUUAUCCCCAGACUUGAGAGAAGUUACCACCUUAAAAUGUUUCAAAAACAAAAUAUGUACAUUAGAUAAUAGUAACACUAAUGGAUAAUGGUGCAAGUGUUGUCAUCUCUGCAAUUCAUAGACAUAUUUGUAAUACUGUAAAUAUUGUUAUGUCAUUAAUUUUUUUAUGCCUGCGCUUAUAUGUAAAUAUUUUUUCACUUUAAUUUAUAUUUAUUUAUUUUGUGUCCCCUAAUUAGCAUAGGUUUUUAUCCAAAGCUAGGAGGCUUCUUUAGACACCUUAAUAAAGUUUCAUCAUCAUCAUCAUAUGAUGCUGUGUCCUUUGAAUGUCAUUUUAAAACUCAAUCGCUUUGUAAAUGUGACUUGUAGUUUUAAUAUCAGAGGAGAGUAUUUUAAAGCUUGAUAUUUUUCAAUACCAUUUGCAUGUUGUUUUUUUACCAAUCAAUUGACUGGCUUCUUUGUGCCACUACAUAAUGUGACGUCAUGUGAAAACCAACAAUACAGGCCAGAUCCCGUGUUUCGUAUUUAGUUGGUUGCAUGGUCAAGGCUGGUGCGACGGUAUCAGGAGGAACUGCAUUAAUUUUGUUUCGAGCACCUGCUGCGGCAGGGUUCUGUGGGCAGAGAGGCCUGACAUUCUGCUUGAUGGGGAGUGGCUGGUGGUUGGUGAAGCUUUCGUUGACUGAGGUCUCUCGACAAGCAUUUCUUUCCAGCUUUCCCUUCCCACCUGUCUUUAAGCGGUGUAUCAGUUUAAAACCUUGAAAUGCAAACCACCGUAUGAGCUGUAUCACUUUUUGUCUCACUUUUGUGGAUUUUUGUGUACGCUACCCGUUUCGACGCCUGCUUCGCAGGCUGUGUGUACGCCUAACUUCUUCGCUUAGACCACGUGACCCGAAACGAAUUGGCCGAGACCAAGGGACCAGGCAACGUUGAACGAUAGGUGCAUAAAUAAUAGACAAAUUGUUGACUGUUCUGAAUUCUAUUUGAAAAAAUCAUCAAUAUUAUUUUUUUUUACGCUUUACUUGGACUUUCCAUCGUUUCAGUCAAACCUAAAUAUUAAGUUAAAUUUGUUCAAUUUUCCUCCGUCAAAAAACCUUCCAAAGAAAUUUUUUUGAUCGCCGAUAAUUGUAAUUUUCACACAUGUACAUGUCACGUGUUCAUAACUAUGUUAUGGAACAAGACCUCACCAUUCUUGGUAUCCCAGCGAGUAUAUUGAAGGCUCAUAUUUCUGCUUGCUCGGCAGUUUUUAUUUCUGUUUUGCCGGAUGUGAUCUGUAUGGUGUGGAAUGCGGGGUUUUUCCCAAGAAUGCUUUCACUUUCGAGAGUUGACUUGGACUGUGAAGUCACUGAAGUGCGAGGGAGCAGCGUUGUUAACUUCUUGCUAUCAACAGUCGAAUUAUAACCUCAGUUCCACAAGUUAGCCGGUUUUACGUGGAGUAAAUUGGUCCGCUUUGGUUCACUGUAAGGUAUGUACAUAUAGUUAUACGAUUCUUAAGAAGUGUGUAAAAAAGUCAUGGUAGUGGCUUCUGGGUGGAUCCGCGAUUUGAUACCGAGUGUCCGCACAAAAAUCUUCGCAAGUUUCUUUGUGCUGUACGAUUCAGUAAUGAGAAAAGUUAACAAGUAUGCAAACUUAGGAAGUAUUUAAUCAUCUUACAGGUUAAAGCGGCCCAACUUGUUUACAAUUGAAGUGAAACAUGGUAAUGAUUCAACUUGAGACUGACGAGCAAUGGAACUUUUUGAAGUUUGUUAUGGUGGUGAAAGUUUUUCACAAAGCCUUGCGUCAAACGUUCAAACGAAUGUGGAACAAGAAAUAUGGCCUAUUGCAUCAGUGGGAUGACACUAAUACCGUGAGAAAAUUACUUUGUAAGAAAGAAGCUGGCAAAGACAGAGGCAUCAAACUUCUAACAAACAAAUCGUACGAGGAGUGGGAUACUACAGCGCUGUGUAAAUUCACCCUCUACGCAAAAUCUUUUGCUACACGAGACAGUAAAGGCGACGUUAAAACACUUGAUGAUUUGUACAUAAAACCCCGCGGACCGAAUCCUUCUGGACAGUUUCACUCCUCUGUGAUUAGCGCGAACGGUAACAUCGAUGAAACGUAUGCACUCGCUAUUGAUCAGCUAAGACUUCUGAGAAAUUGGUGCUCUCAUUCUACCAGAGCAGAGAUGGAUAAGAAAACAUUUGAUCGGUUCGUUAAACUGGCUAAAGAUGCAUUUAAAGCUCUUUCAGUCAAUACAGACGACAUUGAUGCCAUUGUGAAAGUGACCGGAAGUGCACACGCCGAGGCUCAAACUUGUGACAUGCGCUUUUUUUUUUUGACCCAUUUAUGGGGUUUUGAUGGCCGUCUUGGAAACACGAAAAAACAUAAAGCUGGCAUACUCCCGAACUGUAUUCACAAAUGACGGCCGCGCGGAACGGCCUGGAUUCGAAUUCCUGAAAGCGAGGCUUGGUAGGCGGAAAAAAUAUCAUCGAACACCCGCCCGUGUUUAUCUUCACCACAUGCGCUAGUACAGCUAGUAUUUUCGAAAAGAUCGGGAAAGGUCUUGAAACUUAACGGAUUCUAAGAUGAUUGGUCUGGAACAAAACCUGUUUUACUAAGACUCCAUUACUUGUUGCGCCUGCAAAUUUUCCACUGUUUCAUUUAUCACUGCAACGGUUUUUUUACGAGGAGCGAACGUGGAUGGAUAUGAAAUCAGCCUUUAAAUUCAGCCUGGUUUCGUUUUGUCCCAACGUUACUGUUUCUUAUUUUCAUUCCUCCAUAAACGAGAGACGUGUUUGUUCUCCGAAAUUAAGUUGUCAAGUUUGUAGGGUAGGUUUAGUCCUUUACAUACGUAUUUAUUGUUAUUAAAUAUUGUUAUUUUAAAAAUAUUGUCAAUGUAGUUGUAUUUAAUAUUGUAACAAAAAACCUGAUGAAUUUUUUUUACCGUGUUAAAAUAAAGAUUUGAGAUUUGAGAUGGGUGACCUUCACCACAGACUUUUUUUUUUGGAACGUUUAAUAGUUUUGUAUUACAGGAAAUAAUUAUCGUAGCUUCAUGUACGUAAGAAAGAGUUUAUCUAAAGAUAUUUUUUUGUGUCGAUACGGCAGAUAUUGUUCACAUACUCUCUAAUUACAAUUUCAGCAUAAAAAUAGGUAUGGUUUGAGUGCUGCUGGUACGCGGAACUACAAGGCAUAGACUAGAUGUCUUGUAAUCGUACUUUAGGGUCUCUGAGUAGAUGAAACAGAGAUUUGUAUCUCUUUGAAAAUUUAAGUCCAAACUGUACGCAUGUUGACCAUGUAUAAUAUUAUUAUAACCUCAUGUUCAGUGUAUUUGACUGCCUUAAAGUAACUGCAUGUUUUCCAUUCAGGAACUAUUUUCAACUGAACGAUUUCAUCAUGAUGCUUUAAAUACUGGAAACAAUUGUUGGUUUUCACAUGACGUCACUAGAAUGCAAACUACAAAACUAUCGAGUCUACUGAUAUUUUACUUUCAUGGUGUAUUAGAGCAGCUGAAAAGGUGACAGGCCGCACAUCUUCACAGGCGUGAAACCUUGGAAAACCUUUUUCAUAUAUUUGCUCCAUUGAGAAGAACUCUUUAGGGGAUCUUACAGUUUAAAAUUUGAACCAUGAUAUAGCUUAUAAAUAGCGGACCGAGAUACGACUCGGUACAGUUUAUGUUCAGCAAGGGAAAAUUGUGUAAGCCGAGCAGAACCUUUAAAAUGUACAACAGAGAAUUUAUUCAGUACGCACGUAUUCCUGUUGAAUUUGUGGCCCAUUUAUGAGGUUUGUCUACUCAAAAAUAUAAUAAUUUUUCCAUAGCUGCUGUUAUCUUAGGGUAUCUGCUUUUAAUAUCUCCUUAAAGUUUAGGUUUGACAAAGUCCCCAAAUCUAUUAUUUCAACCUUUUUAUAAAAACAACUCAGAGCUCUAACUAAUAAAUGACAAAACAUAAACGUUUCACGCCGAAAAAACAGGAUGUUUUUAUACUUCACAAAAAAACAAGGCAAGACACCCAUUUUUCAAAUUUAAACCUUUAUAAAAACACAAUUCAGCGUAGCUUUGAGAAAACACGGAUCCAACAAACAGCAACAUGAUUGUUUUUUUGCAAGGAACCAAUCAAACCACACCAUUUUCGAUCCUCCAAACAAACCAAGGUGGAUAUACUAGGAGUAAUCGGAGCUUAGGAGAGUGCGUUCGAUAUGUUUGUUGAGGCGGAAGGGUGGUUGCGAUGUAGAUAAAUAUGAUUAUGGCAUAUUUUGAACGUACGGGUUGCGUACAGCGAAACCUCUGUUUAAACUGUGUAUCAUUUUAAGAACGUUUUCAAAAGAUAUCGUAUGGUUCGGUGUCAAGUGCUUUUAAUCGGAGGAGAUAUUGGCCAGCGUCGGACGUGUAAAUGGAACAUUUUGUUUUGCUGGUUUUAGUUACAGGCCGCAGUUUCUCAAAGGCCGAUUAGUUCUUAACCCGGGAUUCUUUUUCUUUCUUCAAAAACAUUUCCUCGGAUAAUUUUUUCUGUUAUUUUUAACAGCAUCCAAUCAUCAACUUGUUGACAAAAUGAAUUACAUUGAAUUUACUGGUUUAAAAGCUUUCACAUCUGAAUUCAAACUUCGCACUAACCCUAUCAAAGCCUUCAGUGGAACGUGUGUGCGGCUCAGGUCAAUAACUCUUCCAGUAAUUUGGUCGAGCGUGUUGAUUUCAGUGACUCGAGAGUGGCGCUGCUGUGGGCUGAUUUAUAAGUUUUUCCUAAUAACGAACAUAGAGUUAAAGUGUUCGUUUGUCCGGUGCUGAAAAUAUCACAAGUCAUGGUCAGAUGGCGCCGCCGAGCUUCACAUGUCGGUAGAUUUACUUUGUGGCACAACUGCUGCCGAGCUACACAACUCGUAAAUUUAGUUUGUGACAAAACGGCCGCCGAGCUACACAACUCAGUAAAUUUACCUUGUGGCAUAACGGCCGCCGAACUAAACCCGGUUUGAUGCAUGCACCAGUAGUCGCAGACACUUUCCAAAGACAGUGACGAACCAUGCUGAAAAAUAUGAAGGCUUAAUCCAAAGUAAAAUUUAACAGCAAACUUCUGAAAGAUGAACGCUUUGGACGAUUCAGCAAUCACAGAUCGAUGUACGCUUUACGAAGAUUCAGCAAACUUUUUAAAAGAUGAACGCUUUACGAAGAAUAUCGAACUUAGCAAACCUUUGAAAGAUGAACGCCGAGGACACAAGGGGCGCUUUCCAUUUAGUCAAAAUUUCCGGAAUUUCCGGUUCGGCGGUAAAUGGAACAGGUUUCGUCGGUUCGUCCCACUGGAAAAUUCCCAGAAAAAGUGGAAAAUCUAAAAAGGUGGUCCCGUUUUCCCGGUUGGAAUUUCCGAACGGAAUGUCGUGUUCCAUUUACGUUUCUCGUAGUUUGUACCAGUUCCAGGUCCACGGUUGGGCACCGCGCCACGUACCGGGGUUUACGACCAAAUGGAACAACUUUUUACCAAUCGGAAAUUCCACUUUUGCUACCACCGAAAUUUGCCGUUUUUUUUCGUAAAUGGAAAGCGCCCAAGAAUCGCCACAUGAGUUAGCGCGUCAAAGUGAGGCAAAACUUAAGCAAACGCCUCAAAGCGAGGCAAAUGUGUGUCGACGACGACGACGAACGAAAAUGAAAUCUCAGAAAAACCUCCCUUAUUAAUUGCACAGGUAACCCAAUAAUGCACAGAACACCCAACACAAAUUAGGGAUUCAAUAAAUGCUUACCAAAUCAAGCAAUACGAAAUGGUUCAGAGUUCACCUAAACCAUUCCACCACAUAGCAACUGAUGAGAAUUGUAAGAUUCAAAACGGCCGGUCUUGCUUGUAAACUUAUAUUUAACUGCAGACAUGACCUGCAGACAUUAUGUAGUGGCACAAAGAAGCCAGUCAAUUGAUUGGUAAAAAAAGAACAUGCUAAUGGUAUUGGAAAAUAACGAGCUUUAACAUACUCUCCUCUGAUAUUAAAACUACAAGUCACAUUUACAAAGCGAUUGAGUUAUAAAACGACAUUCAAAGGACACAGCAUCAUAAUGUAUUUUAAUCAUGCUUCUACUAAAGACAUGAUAAAUACACAAAACCAGUUUCAGAUCUGGAUAUAUUUAAAGGCUAUGUGCUGUGUACAGCUGAACAUUGUUCUCUGAGAUCGCGUAAACCUAAACUUUACAGAGAUAUUAAAAGCAGAUACCCAUAAGAUAACAGCAGCUAUGGAAAAAUUAUUAUAUUUUUGAGUAGACAAACCUCAUAAACGGGCCACAAAUUCUACAGGAAUACACGCGUACUGAAUAAAUUGUCUGUUGUACAUUUUAAAGGUUCUGCUCAACUUUCACAAUUUUCCCUUGCUGAACAUAAACUGUACCGAGUCGUAUCUUACUCCGCUAUAUAUAAGCUAUAUCAUGGUUCAAAUUUUAAACUGUAAGAUCCCUGAAAGAGUUCUCCUCAAUGGAGCAAAAAGGUUUUCAAAGGUUUCACACUAGUUUUUACUUUGGUGCUUUAAAGGUUGGACGGGAGCCUGAGCAGCGAAUCCAGGGGCCCUCCCCUGGAUCCACCACUGUAUUUCUACUUUUCUAACAAUAUAUCCUGGAAAAGUAGACUCUAUUAGUAGGAGAUGGUUUAGUAAGGAACAUUAUUUUUGUGAAAGCUCAAAGAAAUUAAGAAUCAAUCUGUCGUUUUUCGGUGUAAUUUUUGUUGUUGUUUUCCAAAAUUUUUUCAACAUUUUGUGACGUGGUAGUAACAGUUCACAGACAAAGAAAAAAUUUAAUUAAACUGGUUUAUAUAAUUUUCAAACCAAUGAAAAAUUUGACCUACAACCGUCGUGCUGCUAUAACAUUUCAUUCCCUUUUUAGAUACAUACAUUCAAAAGGCAAGAAAAAACUAUCAAGAUUCAAGAACAAGAAGGAACUUAAACAGAUUAAAUGAUGAACUCCACGAUGUACAGCGGAUCAUGGUUCAAAACAUUGAUGAUGUUCUUCAGAGAGGCGAACAAAUUUCAGGUAACUUUGGGUUUUAAAAUUCAUUGGCUGAGCCUAUUGUUGGAGAAAGUGACAAAAAUAUUUGAUGCACAAAAAAUGUCAGUAUUGGUUUAUUAACCAGAAAUAUUUAUAAUUUAUUGUUUUGUUGUUUUGUAGUGUUGGAUGAUAAGGCAGGAAAUCUAAGGUUUCAGUCAGAAAAAUACAAGAAAGAUGCAACCUACUUAAAUUUGCGUUCUGCAUAUGCCAAGUAUGCUGCUGUAGGAACAAUUUUUGUAGUAUUAAUGAUCUAUAUUCGAUUCUGGUGGUUUUGAAAAGUGAAGAGAAAUUUUGAAUAGAGCCAUAUAUAGAAAACAGUCAUCAAUAUUAUUAUUAAGCCCUACUGGUUAACAGUUUCCAAGUAAGUUACCCUGGUAAAUAUGUUGAUAAUCUUAAGUAAAAUUUGUUUUAGUUGUCUAACCAGCAUUCUUGCCAAUGGUGACAAGCAGGAAGAUGUGAGCAAAUGAGACAACUACUGUACUGGUUAAUUGUUACUUCUCACGGGCAAAGAACUUGUCACAAUAUGCCCACAGCAUAUUGUAUAUGCAUACAGCUGUAUAUGCAAUUAAACAAACACAUUAUUGCGGAAUAGAUUUCAGAACGCAAAAUGAAACCUACUCAACUGGAAACUUGAUUUCUUCCCUGCGGCAGAGAUCUCUCAUGACAAGAGAAAAAGGAGAGGAAAGAAAGAGACCUCUGCCGGCCUCUGAUGCAAUUGUAAUAAUUGUAAUUUGUUUACCCACGAAAUAAUUAUGAGUUCUUAUGAACUCAUUUAAACGUGUCCAUGGAUUCCAUAUCGAAUUGGAAUUUGAAGUGUUGUUGGUUUUUGAUGAGAGGGGAAAACCAGAGUACCUCACAGGGCAAGGGAGAGAACCAAUAACAAACUCAACCCACAUGUGGCUUUAACACCGGGAUUUGAACCCAGGUCACAUUGGUGGGAGGCGAGUACUCUCACCACUGCACCACCCUUGCUCCCCCUGAAGCAAGUUUUUAAUCAUUCAUGCAUGCACUGGCAUUUCCUUAAUGACCAAUAACAUUUAGUCAUGUGUGACACAACUUACAGAACCAGUUUGCGCGAUAACAAUUGUGGGCUCAGAAAUUUCCAGCGUGCAGUCUCAAAAAGAGAAACCAAUUUUGAAAACCAUUAAGUUUCAGCCACAAAUGUGGUCGGCAGCUAGAUGAAAGAAUGUGUCGGAGGUUGGCAGGUCUCUCUCUUUCCUAUAAUUCUUCUCUUGCCGUGAGAGACCUCUGCUAGCAAGGAACUUGAUUUCAUAACUUGCUCCCGCAAUCUCACUCUUUGAGGUUAUUUAAUCACUGAAGUUUGUUUUACACUAACUUAAAAAGUGAAGUGAAAUUUAAAAUACCAAUGCUUACAUGUAUUAAUGAACUAUAGCUGUUCCUUGUAGUUGACUAUAACUACAUGUAGGACUAAUCACAUUUUUUACAGUUAAAAAAAAUUGAAAUUUUUGUUUAACAUCUAACAACGUUUUCGUCUAGUUGUGAUCUAGGUUGUUUAUAUAAUGCUGUUACUGCUUAGAGUCAUGUUUCCAGUUCAUAUAGUCAUAAGCAAGACCUAUAGAGAAACCCAAGGACAGUAGGCUGCCAGAAUACCUCUUGGAUAGUAGAGUUGUUUGUCAUCUUCUUUCCACUUAAUAGUGGAAGAUGACAAAAAAAGGUUUCAGUGUGCAAGACAAGUUUGAAUUUAGUUUAUUGACACAUCACAUUGUUACAACCUUCAACACAAUGUACACACCCAUGUCAUGUUUUUUUGUGUCAGGUUACAAGGCAAAUGUGUUAUCUUAAACACCUUUUCUGUGCCAUGUGACACACUUUUUUACAUCACAUUAUCUCAUAAGCUCUACUUUGCUUCAUUUCCUUCACAUAUCAUGUUGUUUUUAUUUAAGUAUCCCAAAAUAGUAUUACUUGGUAACUUACAAAUACCUUUUUGUUAAAGAAAUCUCUUAAUUUUGAAUGAUUGUAAUGUAAAUAAGAUAAUAUUGAGUACUGAUUCACAGUCAAAAAAUAAACAAUACGACUAUUUUUUUGCAAAAUGUUUUUAUUAGAAACCAGAAUAAUAUCAGUUGGUACCCUGUUAUAGCAGAGUUUCCCUUCAGCAUGGUUUGUAGCAUUUACAAAGUUGUUUGUGUCAUAGACAUCCAUGCAGUUGGCUUGUUUACUAAUACCUGUAAUAAACCUCUCAGGAAAAACCAUGUGGGAAAGAAACCUCUGCCAGCAGGAUAACUGGUUGUAGAAUAUACAAAAUUAGUUUUCACAGCUGGUGCAAAAGUGGAUCCUGCCAUUAUUUAAAUAUCGCACAUCAAAAUUCUUGUAAAAUAUUACUUUUUACCAUAAAUCUUCUAUUAAGCCCUCCCUUUUAAAUAAGCCCCCGUCUCUAAUAAGCCCUCCCUUUUUGGGGCAAGAAAGUUUAUAAGCCCCCCUACCCUUCCUUUGAUAUUAUUCACUGAUAAAUGAUAGACUCUGUUAAUCAAUCAUGACUGUCAGGAGUGUAGUGCACUGUAAAACGUCAUGUGGAUGGUUUAUUCACAAAGCUGGAAGUUCGGAUUUGUUUUUGAUCCUAGGCUUUGUGACCUCGCAUGUCUUAUACUUGAGCUUUUCCACACUGCAUUCUAUUUCUUUAUGGAGAACUGAUACCUUCUUUGCGAAAUUGAGUAAG